AUGUCUAAACAAAUCUUCUAUUUAUUGUUUCUAUUGAUUAUUAUCACACAAGUUUCCACUUUUUUCAAAAAUACAAAAGAAGUACCACCACCACCUUCAUCAGAUGUUAAUGAAAAAGGAGUAUGGAAAAGUAAAGAUGUUUUUACUUGUGUUCGUCGUUUACGAUCAAUUAUAAUUAAACCAUCAAAAUAUGAUCUUUCACAACAAAUGAUGGAAUGUUUAAAAAAUCCAAAAAAAUUUAAAUUAACACAAAAAACUUGA